AUGUUGCCAGGAACCGCCAUACAAGAGCGCCGUCGUCAGCACCGACGAAAUCAAUCGCUCGAGGUUCCUGUUCUUGCGACACCCGCCCCGCGACACCCUCCUCGACAUCCACGACCUUCACACCGUCGAGGAAUGUCGCUAGAUCAGGCCAUGCACCCACAGACUGGGUUCCGGCCUCUUCUGCCUCAAGAUCAACAGACGGGACUACCGCUCGCAAGGACCCCCUACCAACCGGACACUAACCUAGCAUUCCCACCACCGGAGCAGCAACAUUUCUCGAUCAAGCAAGAAGCGCAGGAGCAAAGCCGCCCGCCGGGCUUCCCACAGCCGCCGCCGCAAGCAGGCGCACUCGACUUCCAAUCCCAUCUUCAUCAGCAGCUGAACGGCAAUGUCAAUCAAUCCGUCAGCUCGUCACCUCAGGAUCAGGCCGUUGCGAUGCAGCAUCUGCACAACCACCUCAUGUGGUAUGAGCAGAACUUCGGCAACGGCCCAGCCAAUCCUCAACAACCCAAUCCCAACAUGCAAACCACACCUUUCGUCCAGGUCAGCCAUCCUAUCGCAGGCGAUAUGGCUGCACCGGUUUUCAUCUCGCAACCGACAAUGUCACUCAUGCCAUCAACACCCAACUCGCAAGGCCACGCACAGACCGUACCGAACACGCCACAAAAUCACGUCCAGAGCUGGCCGAGUUCACCACCUUCACACGUCAAGGACCAACGCAGCCAAAGCUAUCAGCUCGACGUUGCGCCCAUGCCGCAGAAUCAGGACGGCAGCCAUUUCACGUCACAAAGCACAGCUUUCAGCAACGGCUCUUUCAGCUAUGCAGGUGAGCAAGACUAUGCCGCUUCAGCUUACUCGUCCUCAGUUGCCGAUCCAUCGUCGCCGCCACACCAGCACAGCACACCGAUGCCGACUCUGUUCGAAGAGGGCGUUCCCGGCUACGACGAGUCGGUGAUAUAUCAAGCCGCUGGCGGAGCAGAGCAGGACUUCAACAGCCCUCACUUCAUGAUGGCUGGUGGCCCUAUGUGCCCCGAGCAGGCCGCCUUGGACGCAGCUGGAAUCGACGCGACGUACAUCGACACUGGCAUCAGCGAAGAGCAGAUCAACUCGUGGUUGGUGCACCCGACCGGCAAAGGCGAUGCGUAUCGAUGCAAGUGGGAGGGCUGCGACACAGAGAUCAAGCGAAAGGAGAACGCUCGAUCACAUGUUCAGAACCACCUCGACGAUCGCCGCUUCCGCUGCAAUCCUUGCGGCAAGCGAUUCAAUCGACUCCACGAUACCAAGCGUCACCACCUGACCCACACGAACGAGCGACCAGCCAUCUGCCCAUGCGGCAAGACUUUCGCGCGCGCGGACGCUCUGACUAGGCAUCGUCAGCGCGACAUGUGCGAGGGCGUUCUUCCAGGUUUCGAGAAGCUGGAGGAGGAGAAGCCGAAGCGUGGCCGACCGAAGAAGGAACGCUCAGAAGGUGAUCGGUCGAAGAGAUCGAAUCGUCCGGACAUGGACACCAGGGCUCGCAAGGCGGCACUCGCACGCUCUCUCGAUCACGCAAAUGCCAAUGAAGGCCUGGCAGAGAGCAUGAGCUCGGCCGCAAGUGAGCGCAGCAUGCCAGACACGCCACCUCAAGAUUCGGACGAGCUGGACGCUGGUGACUUCCUGAACAUGGACAGCAGUAACGGACACUUCAACAUGGCGUCAACGUCUUGGAUCGACACACCGCCUACAUCGCCUCCAUCCGCAGUAUCCACAAAGCACUCGCAGAGCAAGAUCCGGAUCGACUUCAGCAUACCAGAGGAACCAACCGAAAGCGUGUCACCAUCAAAGCUAUCGAGGCACUCCACGCCAAGUGCACUUCCCGGCGCAGCUUCAUCCUACAACGAUGGGUCAAGUCCAGUAGCAAACAAUAGCUCCUUCAAUGACUACUCGGGAUCAGGUGGAUUUGCUGGUGAGUCGAGCCCAGCCGACGGAGGCGUGGAUAUCUUCAACGACACGGUCAACUUCGACAGCAUGAACUCGCAUCCGGAUGUCGGCCGUGAGAUUUUCUCGCCCCCGGGAGAGUCCUGCAGCGGAUCGAGUGUCUACAACUCCGACUGGGACACAGUGCACGUCAGCAGCGUCAAGACCACUCGCGGCAUGGCCCCUUCGACAAUGUACAGCGAGAGCUUCGGGGCAACCCAGCGGACCGCCUUCGGCAUCGACGACUUUCUUGCUGGCAUCGAGGAGGAGGAUCCGUACAGCGACAACUAUAACGAUGUGCGCGACAUUCUCGACUCCUGGGUCACAACAAACUAG